CAUGUAACCUGCUCCCGCCUCUCCUCGGAAGAAGCCAACAUGGAAAUGUGGCAAGGCGAUGCCAGAGCUAACGCAUUAGGCCAACAAGCCAUGCCGACGUGAAAGCAAAGCACAGUUAUGGGUUCGUAUCUUCUGGCCUUCAGCGUUCCUUGGCACGCUGAGUUGGCAGUAAUUGGUGCUAGGGAAAGUCUUUCCUAAAAGGCCAUUUCUGGAAUGAGGCUUGUUUGCCACCCAUUGGAACAGAUUUCAAACUUUCUCCUUCAGAGGGUGUACUGGUCUGGGAUAAAUAUUUCCUGGACACACAGGCUGUCUUUCCACCAGAGCUGCCCUGUGAGACUGAAUCCCAGGAAACACUGAAGUGCAAUAAAGGAAAAGUAGUUUUGAAGUUCAGGUUAGGAAAUUCUCUGUGUGGCUGUAAGGGACCCUUCAAACAUGCUGCAGCACAACUGCUCUACUCAUUAGGUAGGAUAUUGCAGGACAGGAGCCGAAGCCCACGCAUUUCCUUGCGUACACGUUUAAGCCUUGGUGCAGCCAGGAGGAGUCUUUCACACAGCAUCCACCCCCAGGUGUGGAUGGUAAUACAUAAGGUUUUUGCAAAGCCCCUUUAUAACCAAAAAUUGUAUUGGUGCCUUAAAAGUUGAGACAACUUUGAAAGGUGUGAAAAAUGUUGGCUUCAAAAUCCCGAACUGAUAUGAUUGUGGCAGUCUUAUUUCUAUCAAGCCUUGUGCAGCCCCUUGUGGUACGUAGUAUUCUUGUAUUCAUUACAUUUCUAAAAGAGGAAAUACAGGAACACGUAGCAAAACAGAAGGGUGAGACUUCUGACUGCGGUUAAUUGCGACAAGUUGGUGACAGAGAGAUCAAGGAAAAUUCCACUUGCAGACAGACUUUUUUUCUCACUUUCAUACGCUAACAGGGUUUUUCUGUUUUGCACUCUGUUCUUUCUAAUUUUAUCUGUUGUCACAGAAAUUAUCGUUCCUGAGAAUCUUUUCUACAAAAUCCUAAAUGCUUUUAGGGGUAGAGCAAAGCUGAAGUCUCUUCAUCGUGCCGUAACUACCUGUAUUGCUCAAAGUGACGCUGCUGGUGAAUGACAACAAUGGAUAAAAACAUAAGAGUCAACAGAUCUGCAAAGAAUACCUUGGCGAAGGCGCUAUAUGACAACAAGUCAGAGUGCUCCGAUGAGCUGGCCUUCCGCAAAGGAGACAUCCUGACAGUUCUGGACCAAAACGUCAUUGGCAGCGAGGGCUGGUGGAAAUGCUCCCUCCAUGGCAGGCAGGGCCUGGCCCCUGCUAAUCGCCUCCAGCUCCUUGCCGCCUCUCAGGCUGUCCUGCUGCCUCCUUCCACCCGGAGCAACUCUGCGGAGUCACCAGCAGGCCAACAAAACAUCUACCAGGUUCCCUCCGUCCCCAAGCCUACUGUGUCAUCGUCUACCUAUGAGAAGAUGGAGGGGUGGGUUAAAUCUCCAGCUAAGGUUUCUACCCUACCUGCCCAAGGAAUGUAUCGGGUACCAGCCUUGGCUGCACAGCUGCUCAGUGAAAGGACCCAAAGCUCAACAAACCAGCACCUGCUUACUCUCCCAAGAGCAUGCCGGGCUUCAGUCCCAAAUAUCAGGAGUGAGGUGUAUGAUGUUCCAUCCACACAGCGCCGGGAGUCCUUACUCACGCAGAGGAGUGCCACUCCGCCCACCACACGAAAGGGCUCUGUGCUGGUCAGAUCCACCGAGUGUUUCCAGGAAGAGCAGAAGCAGCUUUACAACAUCCCAUCCAGCCCAGAAAAGGCAGGAGCUGUUAUCCAGAAAGACUCACUAGUGGGCAAUGUAAGUAAGUUAUAUGACGUCCCUCCCAAAAGAGAAUCUGAUGUUUCAGAAAAUGAAUCUCAGAAAAAGUGCUGGGGCCAUUACAAUACCUUGCCAAAUCCUCGAAAGUCAGAAUGGAUUUAUGAUAUUCCAGUAUCACCUGAAAAAACAGGAUUAAAACAAAACCCUUCUGGCCAUUCAUUAGAGAACCACGUGCUGUACGAUAUACCACCAGCUAGGUACAAGGCGCUAACAACAAGUACUGAAGCCAAAGUUGUAAAUCCACAAUUAUAUGAUAUUCCACCAACACAACGGAAAUUAACAUUUCCAGAUAUCCAUCUUUAUGAUGUUCCAUCCUCACGGGAUGUGCUUCUUUUGCCACAAAACGGUAACUGUGAUGUACCCCCAAGUCUCCUGGCUCCAAAGGCUGAGAAUCAGAUCUCUGAAGAGAAUGUUUAUGAUAUUCCAAAAGGUUUGCCCACUGCUGUGCAGUCCAAGAAAGAGACGGAAAAACACAGUGAUAGUUCUGGAGACCAAGCAUACAGUGGUCCUCCACAGCUCUCAAGAGAUGUCAAAUUAGAACAAGACAGAUUAUCUGUUUCUAGUGUGGAUAGCAGAAGCAGUACAUUCUCUACAUCCUCAAACUCUUCUGCUGAGUCUUUUUCUAUGUCAACAUCAGAAGAGCCUGCCAAAGAAAUUAAACUGGACCUUGAAGUAGCUAUAGAGACAGUGACUAGACUGCAGCACAGUGUAUCCAGCUCGGUUGCAAGUUUAAUGAUCUUUGUGAGUAGUAAAUGGAGAUUACAAGAACACCUAGAGAAAAGCAUUGAAGAAAUCCAUAGGGCAAUCGAUCACAUAAAAGUAUCACUGGGCGAAUUCUUGGCCUUUGCUCAACUUGUGAAGGUAAAUGCCUCUUACCUCACUGAUAACAACCUUCAGACCAGAAUUAAAAAACAGCUGGAAAUUCUUAUGAACUCAUUCAAAAUUUUGACAGAAACAAGAGAAGCUCUAAACAACUGCAACUGGUCACUAGAGGCUUUGGUCCUCAGGAAACCUCAGAACAACCCAGAUGAUCUUGAUCGCUUUGUUAUGGUAGCCCGCACGAUUCCAGAUGAUAUCAAGAGGUUCGUAUCCAUCAUCAUUGCUAAUGGAAAGCUCCUCUUCAGAAAGAAUGAGAAGGAACAAGAAACGAAGCAAUCAAAAGUGAACACAGAAUACAAAAUGGCAAAACAAAUCACAGUGCCAAGAAGAGUAGAAAUAGAUUCGCUGCAAAGAAAUACUCCUGAUAAACCCAACCAAAGUCAGGUCUCUCCUGAGAAACCAAAAGAAGAUGCUACUGAGGACUGUGAUUAUGUUCAGUUACAGGCGCAGAAAAUCAUUUCAGGUAAAGAAGUAGCAAAGAAAAGUACGGAUUCAAAACCAAAGGUUUUGCCAUCUGCAAAAAAGACUGUAAAUCAAAGCAAGCAGGACUCUGCAAAGAAAAUCACUCUCCCAGAACACUGUAAGCUGUGUUUCAAUGCACUUCACAAGGCAAUUGGUGUAUUUACUAAUAGUCUGAGCAACAACCAGCCACCUGAAGUCUUUAUAUCCCACAGCAAAUUGAUCAUUAUGGUGGGACAAAAGUUAGUGGAUUCUCUCUGCCAGGAAACUCAAGAAAAAGAUGCUCGGAGCGAUGUUCUCCACAGCAGCAGCCGGUUUUGCAGCCUCUUGAAGAAUCUGGCUCUCGCCACCAAAAAUGCUGCAAUACAAUAUCCAAAUGAAGAUGCUGUGAGGGAACUUCAGGAUCAAACCGAGGAGCUGUCUAAGUACACACAGCAGUUUAGAGCAAUGAUGGAAUGAAAGACACUUUGCUGUUUUUACAAAUUCUCCAUUGUUGUUGCUCCUUUGGCAUGUGGCAGCCAAGGGGUGCAAAAGCAGCUCAGAGACGCCAACUUUCAGUCACCUCUAAGAACUCAUGCCGGGCAGUUCCCUGGGUGCUGGUGCACUUUUAGCAGGUGAAGAUCCACACAACAGCAUAUGCAGAAGAGGAUCUGUAGAAUUAAAUCUGUACCUCUCCGUUGUUCAGAUCCUGCCUGGAAAUGUCAUCAUCUUAGUGGCUGAGCAGGAAUGUUUGCUGUGUAUUAGAGCCAAAUUACUUUAUUAUCUGGCUGAUUUCUUAUUUUUUAAUUUC